AUGGACUUGGCCAAAACUGCAGCCCAAAUCCGACCACUUCGAGGGGAUGAUGCGACCCCGCUUCUGCCACGCGAGCUAGAGCUUAUUGCCAUUUGCAACAGGCUUGUUCACGGACAAGUGGUGGAUGCCUUCCCUGGGGCGCAGCCGACCUCUUUGACAAGCCAGAAAAUUUUUGAGCAGUUGCUGAAGGAGCCCUACGUGGUUUGUGAGAAAACCGACGGGGAGAGACAUCUGCUACUUGCCCACGAAGGACAUGUCUACCUUAUUGACAGGAAAUGCCGUGUUUGGACAUGUCGUGAGCAACUUCCAUUGCCAGCUGGGCAUGAUCUGUCGCCAGGUUGGCAUCACAACACCUUGUUGGAUGGCGAGCUCGUUCUUGAUGUUGUCGAGGAGGGAAAGACCGCCCUCCGAUACCUGGUGUAUGACGCGAUGCACAUCUGCGGCGAGGACUUGACGCACCGGACGCUGCUGUAUCGACUGCAGAAGGCUCUUUCCGAGGUGAUUCUUCCGAAGGAGCAACUGUCGGCUCUCCGUGGGUCCACAGACAACGUGCAGCUGAUGUUGAAGGACUUCUUUGAGCUGUGGCAGCUCAGCGAAGUCACGGCCAUCGCCUCGGAGCUUCCACACGGAACCGAUGGCCUGGUCUUCACGCCAGUCAUGGUCCCUUAUGUGCCGGGGACGGUCCCAGCCUUGCUCAAAUGGAAGCCCGCCGAGAUGAACACCGUCGAUUUCAAGCUGCAGGUCAUCCAGGGAGCAGACUCGACACGAAAUAUGCACGUGAAGUUGCUCGUCGGCUUCAAGCAGAAGGACGCUUGGCAGGUGAAGCACACUGGUCAUUGGCUGGCAAAGAUGGGGGACAUGUUCAAAAAGCUGAGGGAGGAUCCUGCUGCCUUCGAUGGCAAGAUCGCAGAGUGCAAGUGGAAUGCAUCGGCUAAGACCUUCACACCUUCGGACCAGUUGAAGUUCACAGUAAAUGGCACCUGGGAAGACGGUGGUUGGGUGCUGCAACGACCAAACUACUACUGGGGCCCCUGGCUAUGCUUAGUAGUGGUCUUUGCCUUCAUCUUUGAGUCUGUGGGGCUUCCCACGAUGGCGAGCCAGAACUAUGACAGCCCUUUCCUGGACAUGGUGGUGCUUCCAAUUGUGUGGAUUGCUGCCUUCGCAGCGGUUUUCACGCUGGUCUCCAUUGUAUUCGGCGACACAGGAGAGAUUCGCCGAAGUGAAGCUUCCUGCUAUCCAAUUCCUGACCGUGCCAGAGCACUGAUUUUGUUGGGCAGCAGCAAAACUGAAGACUGCCCCAAUAUUGCUGGCCUGGAUGGCCAGUCGUACUGCACACGCUGCUGCGUCUGGCGUCCAGAGGGCUCCCACCAUUGCAGCACCUGCCAGCGCUGUGUGACAGGCUUCGAUCACCAUUGCAGCUUCUUCGGCCGCUGUAUCACCAGACGCAACAUGUGCAGCUUUCGAACGAUCAUCGGCCUAUUUUUCGUCGGUGCUGCUGCGCAGAUGAUCACCGUGGCGAUAACUAACUCAGCUCCGGCGCGAUCCCCAUCUACGUCACCGUAUGCCACAGAAAGCACCGCGAUGGAGCCUGUCGCGGGCAGAUACUACAACUACAACUGA